CGGAAGUGCGGGCGCGCCGGCGGCCGGGACCUCCGGAGUUGGUGGCGCAGAGCUGCGAGUGCCGUGCUGUGCGAGGUCCCCGGGCCCGAACGGCCGGCGCCAUGUCGUCGGUGAGCCCCAUCCAGAUCCCCAGCCGCCUGCCGCUGCUGCUCACCCACGAGGGGGUGCUGCUGCCUGGCUCCACCAUGCGCACCAGCGUGGACACGGCCCGCAACCUGCAGCUGGUGCGCAGCCGCCUGCUCAAGGGCACGUCGCUGCAGAGCACCAUCCUGGGCGUCAUCCCCAACACGCCCGACCCGGCGAGCGACGCGCAGGACCUGCCGCCACUGCACAGGAUCGGGACGGCCGCCCUGGCCGUGCAGGUCGUGGGCAGCAACUGGCCGAAGCCCCACUACACCCUGCUGGUCACGGGCCUGUGCCGCUUCCAGAUCGUCCAGGUGCUGAAGGAGAAGCCGUACCCGGUCGCCGAGGUGGAGCAGCUGGACCGGCUGGAGGAGUUCCCCCACAGCGGCAGGACCCGGGAGGAGCUGGGGGAGCUGUCGGAGCAGUUCUACAAGUACGCCGUGCAGCUGGUGGAGAUGCUGGACAUGUCGGUCCCCGCCGUGGCGAAGCUGCGGCGGCUCCUGGACAGCCUUCCCAGGGAGGCGCUCCCCGACAUCCUGACCUCCAUCAUCCGCACCAGCAACAAGGAGAAGCUGCAGAUCCUAGACGCCGUGAGCCUGGAGGAGCGCUUCAAGAUGACCAUCCCGCUGCUCGUGCGGCAGAUCGAGGGCCUGAAGCUGCUGCAGAAAACCAGGAAGCACAAGCAGGACGAGGACAAGCGGGUGAUAGCCAUUCGCCCCACGCGGAGGGCCAUGCCCCUCCCGGGCAUUUUAGAGGACGAGGAGGAGGAGGAGGAGAACGAUGACAUCGUGAUGCUGGAGAAGAAGAUCCGGGCGUCCCACAUGCCCGAGCAGGCGCACAGGGUCUGCCUCAAAGAGAUCCGGAGACUGAAAAAGAUGCCUCAGUCCAUGCCGGAGUACGCUCUGACGAGGAACUACCUGGAGCUCAUGGUGGAGCUGCCCUGGAACAAAAGCACAACUGACCGCCUGGACAUCCGUGCGGCCCGGGCCCUGCUGGACAGCGACCACUACGCCAUGGAGAAGCUGAAGAAGCGCGUGCUGGAGUACCUGGCCGUCAGGCAGCUGAAGAGCGACCUGAAGGGCCCCAUCCUGUGCUUCGUGGGCCCCCCCGGCGUCGGGAAGACCAGCGUCGGGCGGUCCGUGGCCAAGACCCUGGGCCGGGAGUUCCACAGGAUCGCGCUGGGAGGCGUGUGCGACCAGUCGGACAUCCGGGGGCACAGGCGCACCUACGUGGGCAGCAUGCCCGGCCGCAUCAUCAACGGCCUGAAGACGGUGGCGGUGAACAACCCCGUGUUCCUGCUGGACGAGGUGGACAAGCUGGGGAAGAGCCUGCAGGGCGACCCGGCCGCGGCCCUGCUCGAGGUGUUGGACCCGGAGCAGAACCACAACUUCACCGACCAUUAUCUCAACGUGGCCUUCGACCUUUCCCAAGUUCUCUUCAUCGCCACCGCCAACACCACGGCCACUAUCCCCCCGGCCUUGCUGGACAGGAUGGAGAUCAUCCAGGUGCCAGGCUACACCCAGGAGGAGAAGAUUGAGAUCGCGCACCGGCACCUGAUCCCCAAGCAGCUGGGGCAGCACGGGCUGACCCCGCAGCAGGUCCAGAUCCCCCAGGUGACGACGCUGGACAUCAUCACCAGGUACACCCGAGAGGCGGGGGUCCGCUCCCUGGACAGGAAGUUGGGGGCCAUCUGCCGCGCCGUCGCCGUGAAGGUCGCAGAAGGACAGCACAAGGACGCCCGGCUGGACCGUGCCGACGCCGCGGAGGCGGAAGGCUGCAGAGAGCACGUCCUGGACUCCAAGCCCGAGGCGCUGGGCGGCACGGCCGACCUGGGCCUGCCGCCCGAGAUGCCCAUCCUGAUAGACUCCCACGCGCUCAAGGACAUCCUGGGGCCGCCCAUGUACGAGCUGGAGGUGUCAGAGCGCCUGAGCCAGCCGGGGGUGGCCAUAGGCCUGGCGUGGUCCCCCCUGGGCGGGGAGAUCAUGUUCGUGGAGGCGAGUCGGAUGGAUGGCGAGGGCCAGCUAACUCUGACCGGCCAGCUGGGGGACGUCAUGAAGGAGUCCGCCCACCUGGCUAUCAGCUGGCUGCGCAGCAACGCCAAGAGGUACCAUCUGACCAACGCUUCUGGGGGCUUUGACCUCCUGGACAACACCGACAUCCACCUGCACUUCCCGGCCGGGGCGGUCACGAAAGACGGGCCGUCGGCCGGGGUCACCAUCGUGACCUGCCUCGCCUCCCUCUUCAGCGGGCGGCUGGUGCGCUCCGACGUGGCCAUGACCGGGGAGAUCACGCUGCGCGGCCUGGUGCUGCCGGUGGGUGGCAUCAAGGACAAGGUGCUGGCGGCGCACCGGGCCGGCCUGAAGCGGGUCAUCCUCCCGCAGAGGAACGAGAAGGACCUGGAGGAGAUCCCGGGCAACGUGCGCCAGGACCUGAGCUUCGUCACGGCCGGCUGCCUGGACGACGUCCUGAACGCAGCCUUCGACGGCGGCUUCGCGGCCACGAGCAGCCCCCUGGUGAACAGCAAGCUGUAGGCGCAGAGCCCGGCAUCCCGGGGGUCCGGGGGUCGGCGCCCAGAGGUGCCGACGAGGCCCUCCCACGCCUGCCCAGGCGGGCAGACCCCCCCCUCCGUGCGCGAACAGAGUCGCAGCGGUCACGCCCCUCACCCCGGGGAGGCUGGUUUUUGUUACAGAAGUGGAGAUUUAAUAAAGCGAUGCAAACG